AUGUCAAUUCGAACCAUCGCUUUCUUUGGAGCAACAGGAGGUUGCGCAAACUCCUGCCUCUACAAAACCAUCGAACAAGGAAUGAACGCCAUCGUCUUAGCUCGUUCGCCGGAGAAGUUGAAGGGCCAGCUCGAGGGACGGAAGACAUCGAGGGAGGCUAUUGAGCAGCGGCUUGAAAUCGUGGAGGGCGACGUCAGAGAUGUGAAAGCCGUUGGCAAAGUCCUGGAAAACAAUGGCAGAGGUGUUGAUAUAGUCAUCAGUGGCAUUGGUGGAGUCCCGACGCCACAAUUCUCCUUGAUGCGCCCUCUGACCAUGACGGAUCCAAACAUCUGGGGCGAUGCGAUUGACUGUAUCCUGUCGGUCAUGGCACACUCGACACUGACGAAGCAUCCAUUGCUGGUAGUCAUAUCCGGAAAUGGUGUUCGCAACGAUGGCCCUCGUGACUAUCCUCUAAUGUUGACUCCACUUUAUCGAUGGCUGUUGACCGACAUUUACGACGACAAGCGCCGCAUGGAGGCGAGUCUGACGAAAACGAGACCGGCUGGGGGGUUCGUCAUUGUCAGAGCAAGUCCUCUCACCGACGGUACAAGCAAAGGCCUGGAAGUGAUCCAGAAAGGUACAAUGCAGCAGCCAGUCCUGGGGUAUAGCAUUAGUCGAGAUGAUGUUGGCCUGUGGAUCUUCGAGAACUUGGUGCGACAGCAAGAACCAUCGGCCUUCCUGAACGAUGAGAUUUCCAUUACUUACUAA